AUGCGAACGUUGAUUUUGCUGUGCUUUCUCCCGCUAUGCUACUGUAUUUUUGAAACUGGUAAAAUGCAGACAGUUGGAGCAAAGGGGAACCUCCUCUGUAAUGGCAAACCCGCUGCUAAAGUGAAAAUAAAGCUGUACGAAAGCGAGAUCUUGCUUGACCGCUUGCUGGGCGAUGUUUAUACGAACAACACUGGAUACUUUACGAUUACAGGCUCUGCUAAAGAA